GCACUAUAAAGUAGCGAAAGCUCAACAAGAACGCCGUAUCGAUAUCGUUGCUCCAGUGCCUUUUGAGAUCGUGUCAAAUAUCAUGAAACACAUUGACACAAAGAAUCUGUUACGGACCCUCAAAAUCUCCAAAACAUGGCAUACUCGGUUAUCGGACUGCCCUGGCAUAUGGUCGACGAUCAGGAUACAAGGUCAUUUAGGUUUUACCGAGGCAGACUUGGCGCAACUAGCAAAAAUCAGCCAUCAUGUAGAGAAUCUGGAACUUUUAGAUAUCACAGACAAACACUUUUGUGAGGGAGCACUCGUGCAAAUCAUGAGGGGGACAUAUAAGAAACUAGAAAAACUUGAAAUUUGUGACUGCAAAAUUCAAAACAUUAGUAAUUUGAUCCUUGCUGUAUCAAGAGUCGCAAGUACGCUGACCAAGCUGGAUAUUUCUGACCGUGAGAAUCUGCCACUUAUACCGUUUGGCACCGUGCUGUGGAUGUGCCAAAAUCUCAGAGAAUUCCGGUAUUCGCACAAGGUUGUUUAUUCUAAACAGUCGCUCGGCUCGUUUGGUACCCCUUUUAUGUCAUCGCUGACGCACUUGGAGCUUUGCAUGCGUGGUUUUCGAGGAGACUGCUUGGAGGAGAUACUUCCGCGAUGUCAAAAACUGCGCUUUCUGACUUUGGAUGGAUGCCGAUCUUCUACAUUUUCCUUGAUCCACCGCUGCUGCCCCGAUCUAGAAAUCCUGGUUUUCAACCAAUUCCAUUACCAGUGGACAAAAAGUCUUCUUGACGAUAACUCUGCAACACGAAAAGGACUCCGAUAUGCUAUUGUCAAUCUGGACGAUCUGAGCGAAUUUGUACCAUAUUUGAACGAACAUCGAGAAACGAUCGAGGAGCUAGGCAUAUCCAUGAACUUUUUUGACAACGGAAGCGGGUUUCGAGAUCUCGGUGAACUGAGUAACCUGAAAAGGUUGGAGAUAUCGUACACUGAUGCUCACGCUACACUGGCUUCUCUACUGCAAAAAUCACCGUCCGUAGAGUCAUUGACACUUAUUGGAUGCGAUUUGCGUAAUGUGGGUAUCAUUAGUGCUAUCGAGACUUUCAAACAUCUGAACAACCUCAAGAUGGUGAACAAGUGCGAUAUUAUCUAUGAGGACAUGCAGCAUCUAUUACAAAGCUUCGCGCAACCACUGGAUGGACAGCGAUUGAAAGAUAUUGCUCUAAUUGAAGGCAGCUUCAUGGACGACGCUUUACUCCACAUGCUCCUGGAUAUUAGAUCGCUCACGAAUAUCACUCUUAGUUAUUGCCGGAGGUUAACACCACAAGGCAUUAAUAGCUUUUGCGAAAAUCUGUCUCGUCUUCCCGACUUUCAUACAUUCGUUAUGCUUGGUCUGCGAUGUGUUACAGACAGUACUCUAGCAUGUCUUUACAACGUCAAAACUCUCAAGAAUGUAACUUUGGAUUCUCUUGCUGCUAUCACCCCAGGAGCAGUACAAGCUUUAAAGCACGCAACAAAUGCAAAAAUAGACUGCUCAGAUUGUUACGAAGCAUCCUUUGCUGUAGACACUUCUGAUAGCGAAGAAGAGGAAGAUUAACAAUAAAAUCCUUUGCAAAAGCUUGUGCAAAUUUACAAAGAUAUGCUGUAAUUACUA